AUGCCGCAUCCAAAAAAGAAAUCUGCUUCCCGAAUUACAAAAACUCAAUCUGAGUUACAUUCUAUUAUGAAUAACAAAGAAAAUUUUGCACUUGAUCAUGAAACAAUAUGUGCAGAAUGGUAUCGUUUAUGGUCUUCAUUUGGUUUUACUGAACAUCAAUGGUCAUCUCGUGCAACAAAAGUAGAAGAAUAUACACGAAAAUUACUCGAAAAUAAAAUAGUAAUUUAUAAAGAACAAAUAAAUAAACGAAAAAAAUUAGUUAAACAAUCAGUUGAAGAUUAUGAAGAUUUAAUUCUACGUACAGGUCUUCCAUCUUCAAUUGAUGUUUGUACUCAAUCAAAAUUCGAUGAAUUAAAAUUACGAGAACAAGAAAUUUAUAUCGAAAAACAAAUGCAAGAAUUAUUAAUUCAUGAAGGUCAAUUAAUACAUCAACGAAAUGAACUUGAAAAUCAACAAAAACAAUUAUGUACAUUACUUAAUAGUUCACCCAUUGAAUUCGAUGAAAAUAUUACAAUAUCUCUUGUGGAAAUCAAUCAAAAAAUUGAAGAUCAUAUUAAAAUGCUGAAUGAUUUAAAAAAUCUUCGUCUUAGUCAAGUUUCAUCCUAUUAUCAUACAUUAAAACAAUACUCCGAACAAUUAGAAUGGAUACCAUUACAAUUAUCUACUGUCGAAUAUCUUCUUUCGAAAAAAUUCGAUUUAUGUCUUACAGCCAACUGUUUAAAUGAAAUUGAAAAUACAAUACAUGAUUUGGAAAUACAAAUUGAAAAACAACGAACUCAUUUUUUUACAUUACAUAAUCAAUUAAAACAUCUUUAUGAACGUUUAAAUAAAAAUCCCGAAGAAGAUUAUUGUUUGGCAUAUAAAACUGGUAGUGAAAAUAUUACUGCCUUUAUUAUUAAACAACUUGAACAUGAAAUAGCAUGUUGUCAUGAAGAACGAAUGAAAAAUGGUAAUGAAUAUCGAAAUUCAAUUCGACAACAAAUUAUUGAUUUAUGUAAUCAAUCACAUUUAAGUGAUAAUGAACGAAUUAUUCUCAAUCAACUUGAUAAUGAAACUUUAUCAGCAGAUUUACUUGAUGCAUAUGAUGCUGAAUAUGAACGUAUUGCUCAACUUUAUCAAAAACGAAAACCAGUUAUUGAUGCCUAUGAAAAAUGGCUUACAUUUUGGAAUGAUUUUGUUACAUUUACUAAAGCAUCAACAGAUCCAGCUCGGUUUCGUAUACGUGGAUAUAAUGCUGAAACUGAAGGAUGUAAACGUAAAAAAUUCCAUCGAGAAUUACCACAUAUUGAACAAGAAUUUUUAAAUGUUUUAUCGGAAUAUAAUGAUCCAUCAUUUAUGAUUGAUAAUAUACCUAUACGUCAAAAAUUUGAUGAAGCUCAUCAUCAAGUACCAGCAUCAGCUUUACCAACUUCUGCAAAAACAAUAGCAGUAUCACAACUUGCAACUCUUACACCUGUUCGAUCUCGAACACCAGCUGCAACUCCUCGUAAAGUUGCGACUAAAGAAACGAAUGCUGCUAGUACAGUACGUCGUCCCGUUAAAACACCAUCGGCAACUACUGGAAGAAAAUUAUUAAAUAAAGUA